AAGGAACUUCCUUGCGAUAUGCUAAAUGAUUCCUUGAAGGAAUGUGUUUUUAAAAGAAAAAACAUUGACGCUUUCAAAAAACUCAACAAGGAAUCACAUUUUAAUGCCAGGGAGGUAGAAGCUCUGUCUCUGAUACAUUGGAAAAUUUCAAAUGAAAUUGGCUGCAUACACAGGUUGGGAUUUCGAGAUCUUCUACACGCUGGAUUAGAUUUUACAGAAAAUUAUCUAAUCGAUAGAAUAUUCUCGGCGUUUGACAAGAAAAAUGAUCUAGUGAUCACAAUGGAUUCGUGGAAUUUGGGACUCUCAGAAGUUUUGCGAGGAUCGCUGGAUGAGAAAAUAAAAUUUGGAUACAAGGUUUACGACUUCAUGAGGACGAAAAAGAUACGAAAAGAGUCCAUAUUUCCGAUGAUGAGAGGCUGUUUGAUCAAGCAACAAGCCGAUGACGAUCCAGACGAAGGAGUGAAGGACUUGAUAGACCUGCUGCUGAAAAAAAUUGAUAUCGAUCGAGACGGCAAAGUAUCGGAGGAAGAUUAUAAUUCGACGAUAAGAGGGAAAAAUCUUCUCUUCUUACAAUGCAUGGGACCUGUGUUUCCCUCGCGAGAGUCAAUGUGCGCUUUUCUCACAACGUUCACUCCACGAACCGGUCGAUACUAAGCAACAAGAACAAAUGUAGUAACAGUAAUGUUUCAAAUA